CAAAGGCCUGAUGGGGAAAAUCAUUGCAUGGUAUCUCCGGAAUCAUUUAUCAAACCUGUUUGCUGGAGCUUGGGAGACACGUGAUCUGUCCCCACUUCCUGUUCACAUCCCACAUGCCACAGAGGAUGAGGUCCAAAGGUGUGUGGAAUUGGUGAGCAGAGCCAAGAAACCUGUCAUACUGAUAGGCAGUCAGGCAACAUUGCCCCCUACACCAGUGGAUGAUGUCAGAAAGGCUUUAGAAUCUUUAGGCAUUCCCUGCUUCCUAGGUGGAAUGUCCCGAGGGAUGUUGGGAAAGAACAGCCCACUGCACAUUAGACAAAACAGGAGAGAUGCCUUAAAAGAUGCUGACCUCGUGCUGCUGGCAGGCACGGUGUGUGAUUUCAGACUGAGUUACGGAAGAGUGCUGAACAGACGGAGCAAAAUCAUAGCUGUCAACAGAGACAGGAGUCAGUUACUAAAGAACUCAGACAUGUUCUGGAAGCCAACAGUGGCCAUUCAAGGUGAUGCUGGUUCUUUCCUCCUGCAUCUCUCGAAAGCCCUGAAGGGACACAGAUGUCCAGAGGAAUGGCCUAGGAGCCUGAAAGAGGCAGAUGCCAUCAAAGAGAAAGCUAACAGAUCAAAAGCAGAUGAGAAGACAGAGAGGCAUUUGAACCCUCUGAGUGUUUUGCAUCGUGUGGAUGAGCUCUUGGCUGAGGACAGCAUCAUAGUGGCUGAUGGGGGUGAUUUUGUUGGCAGUGCUGCAUAUAUCAUGAGACCCUGGGGCCCGCUCCGCUGGCUGGACCCAGGGGCCUUUGGGACUCUGGGUGUUGGAGGAGGUUUUGCUCUGGGAGCAAAGCUUUGUCGACCUGAGUCUGAGGUAUGGAUAGUUUACGGCGAUGGUUCACUCGGAUAUAGCGUGGCUGAAUUUGAUACCUUCACACGUCACAAGACCCCAGUGAUCGCUCUGGUGGGAAAUGAUGCAUGCUGGAGUCAGAUCUCCAGAGAACAAGUGCCUAUGCUCGGGAGCAACGUAGCCUGCGGUCUGGCCUUUACAGAUUACCAUAUUGUAGCCGAUGGUUACGGGGGCAAAGGUUACCUGAUUGGCCGAGAGGAUGAGUCGCAGCUUGAUGACAUCUUUAAAAAGGCGCAGAAGGAGUGCAGAGAGGGAAAGGCCGUUCUGCUGAACGUUCUGAUUGGAAAAACUAACUUUAGGGAAGCAUUUGAAUGGGAACAUAUCCUACUUUCACCGAGACUGAACCGCUGUAAAAGGAGCAACUUACAGACUUGAGCUCUUUCGUAAAAGUGACAGACAUUUUGAAAACAAACUGGAGUCGAAUGGCCUCUGUUGUUACAGUGAAGACAGAGAAGCGUCCUUCCCAUGACUCUGAGGAUGGCGACACAGUGGCUAAAAAGGCCAGGUAUGAAAACAACAGAUGUUUGUGUCUUGCUUUGCUGCCAGCACAUUCCCAGGGCGAGCCAAAUAUUCUUCAUUGAAGUCAGCUCCUGUUUGCUGACCUGUUCUGAUGAACAUGUGAUCUUUCAAAGACCUGUACUUCCUGAUAAGAAUGACUUUGCCAGAUAGGUUUUUCCUAUUCUUUGAAAAAAAUGAUAGUCCACC